GUUGAAGACUGGGUCACAAACUACGAAGUGCUGAAGCAGAAAACUGAAGGCCCAGAAACACUACUUCCAACAGAUUGCAGCGCUGCGCGUGGAGGAGGCGGAUGUCAGCAGGUGUUUCGGGGGUGGUAACGGGGACCAAUUGAGCAGUAGUGUGCGGAGGGUGUUUGUUGAGAAGAACUUCCAGAUGGACACUCAAUUGAGAGAGUGUGAGAUUGUUCACACUGAAAUUGAACAAAUGAUCUUCAACGUCAACAUGAAACUCAAUAAAUACUCCACCUACAAAGAUCAAAGUCACCGCCUUCAAGAACACGCCAGACACCUGAACGAAGAAAUUAGUCAACUUCUCGCAGCCAAUGAGAAGCUAGAAUCAGACAACCAAUCACUGAAGGAAGAUCUCAGCAGAAAAAGAACGAACAGCAAUCAAACUAAGGCUCUGUUGGAAAAAGACGGUCAAAUUAUAGAUUUGAAGAAGUUGCUGAACUUGAAGGAGCAGGAGGUCGAGAAGAUGUUGUCGUCCCAGGAAUCUUGGGUGACGGAAAGGCGGAAUCUCAAGAUUAAAGCCGAUGAGCUACAGACCAAUUUGAGAGAAAAGGAGCAGAUAGUUGAAGAUCUGGCAGCUAAGAUGGCCCAUCAAGACAUGCAACUGGUUCAACUGAGACAUGAGUUGAAGGACCUGAACACAGACAUAGCAGAGAACAUCACCAUGGCCAACAGUGGCAGCCACAGAAACGUGUCAGUGUCCAGCGAUGCUGCACUCAGGUCCACUUGCUGGGUCACGUGCAAUGGAUGUGGUCACGUGAUCGAACUGUCGGGUGAGACCCUGGAUUUAACUAGCAGAGUGAGUGGGUUGAAAGACAUGGUUAAGAGACUGAAGAGGGAGAACCAGGAGUUGUUCCUCCAGAACCAGAACUUCACUGACCAGUUGUCAUCUAGCAGGAACCAACUGUUGCAACUCAGUCAGAAGUUGAACACGGCUGGCGAACAGCUGCAUACUUUUAAAAGAGCGGUGGUGUAUUAUGACCAACUGCGUGCCUCAAACGAGAAGCUCUGUUCUAAGCUGUCAAUCAUCACUGGAGAACAGGUGUCUAGGAGCAGCAGAAGGUUCUCGUUUUCCGGGACUCCUGGAAAUUGUGACGAGUUGUUCUUGAUGCAGAGCCCCUCCGAUAACCCGCACAAUACUUCCCAGCAGGUCAAACCGCAGACAGUCGGCUACCAACCCGCGGUUCAUAUCAAACCCCAGCCUCCGAGGUCACAAUCACUCAACAGAUUAGAAGAGUAUAAAAUGUACCCAAAUAACCCACCUGUGAGUGAUGCUCAACAAAUGAUCAACCAACAACAACAGCAACAGCAGCAACAACAACAAAAGCAGCAGCAGGAACAACAAAUACACCAAGCCCAAAAAAUUCGGCCGAAUACUCCGAGUUCGAAUUCACUGAAUCAAAAUUCAAACAAAGUUUCUAUUGGAAACCAGCCUGGAAGACGACCCACUGAAAACGUGAACAGGCCAAGUUUAGACAAUCAGCAAACAGCUGUUAGCCAAUCAAAUACAAGAAGUAGUAGCCAAGAAAACCCCAGUAACCUUGACCCUUCGCAAGCAAAUAAACCCAUGUCGAAGUCGUCGACCAGAAUCCCCUCACCGAUUCCGGGAAGGAGGUCACCCCAGCAUAAACCCACGGCCCAGCGACCCAACAUGGGCAACAAUGUUAAUUCCAACGCUAGUAAUGGGGGAACGCCAAACAGAGGCGUAACACCGAAUGAAGACAACCAGAGUGUUUCGGGAAGCGAGGCGUCGCAGGAGAGCUCGACAAGUCCCCUCAAGGGAACCUCUGUCAGAGUCAGACCCCCCUCGCCUGUCUCGUCACUCGUCAGGUUGCGGGCUAACCAAAAUUUUCGAGGUUCAGCUGAGUCGGUUGAGAGCUCAGUUUCCGAAGCAACCAGCACUGGGAGCAGUGUAGCGCCUCGAAUAUCUGGAAAACAACCAUUAACUCCUCGACAGAUUGGCGGAGGGUCCAAGUCCGCUUCCGCACUUGCUCGCAGAAUGAUGUCGGAUCCUAACCAACAUCGCAAGGGUCCCAUGAACUCCAAUGAGCCGAUGAGUUUGCGCGAGAACCAGGUUCGAGGAGCAGCACCAGGAGCUUCGACACGGGGUCCGAAAUCCGAGAUGGCCGGGGAUCGAAACUUGAAGAAGCCGAUGGUAGCUCAUGGUUCCUGGGACGAUUUGUCAACGGAUGAUACCCAUAAAGAUAUAUCAGGCGCCAGUGAUUUGCCAGAAGAUCAGAGAGAUAAAGGUGAAAACACUUCGAGUGACACUGAAGAUUCGCCUUCUAGCUCACCCAAUAUAAGCUUAUCAGCUAUGCAACACAGAAACGCAUUGGCAAAAAGUAACCCGAACAACCAAAAUAGACCUGAGCCGAAUAGCAAUCGACAACAAAAUGACAACAAAGACCAAAGUCAAGCUGGUUAUAAUAACUCGCGAGUGAUGGUGGGCAGCCGACCUGCCGCAAAGCAGAAAGAUCGAAUAAUGAUGGAACAAGCUAAUAAACUUUCGGUACGCGCAACCGAAAAUGUUCCAGCAUCUAUGGUACGAAGCCGGACGCCUAAUUUGACACAACAGCAACGAAUGGCUUCGGCAGCUGACAAUCCGAACCCAACUAAUGAAGCUCAGGGAAGCCAGAAUCAGCCAAUUAGGCGCGAAAGGAGGUCGGUUAACAGCACAAGCGAACCUGAAAAAGUUUCACCAAACACAACAACAGAGUCUAGACAUGGAAGGCAGUCUACAAAAGUUUUCGAUCCGAAUAACCCCACUGCAAGGCCUGUUUUACGAGGUCAAGAUAGUCCGGAUGGUGCGACAGGUCAAAAUUUCAUGUCGGCUGCAAAAAGGUCAAUAUCGUCUUCACCGCAACAAAGAAUGCGACAACCUCUAAUAGGUCAACAACGACAAGCUAUGAUGGCGAAGACUACUGUUUACACUCCUGGAGGUCAAAAUGUCAGCAAUGACGCGUCAAUAGAACAACAUCAACCAGCACGGCUUAGAAGUCAAUCUGCCGAAGCGGUCAAUGUACCGAACCCUCAAGGUCGUUCGUCGAGACCAUCGCCAUCAAUCAGUGCAUUACAGAAUAUCAAACGACAAUACGCGUCGGCCGAGGGACCUCUGACGUCAUCGCCAAAGCCGGCGAGAUCGACCAAGACACAAGACAUGGUGCAGUCAUCUUCGGAUCUCCUCGGGAGCAAUGCGGACGAGAUCAUGAGUUCGAAUGAUUUGGCGAAGAAGCCGUGGUCCCUGGAUGAGAUUGACACUGCGAUUGACAGACUGUUGCAGGAAGACACAGCGAAGUUGAUGACAGAAGCGGAAGUUACGAAUGCCAUUGACAAGGAAUUGGAAGCUAUUUCGCAUGCCAAGCUACAGGAAUCCACUUCAACCCGCGAAUCAUCAAGCAGACAAUCACAGGCGUCCUCGGAAUCACAUCAGCCUUCCAAUCAGAACCCAACAUCAAGACAGAGUCCCAGGAACCCACAAAUGGGAUCCUCAGGGUCGGCAGCUGUCGCCAGAAGAGCUGCAACUCCUCAAGGUACUCGGGUUCCUCGCCCUUCGUCUCCGUCGAUUGCGAGAAUCAAACAGGCACAGCAGCAGAUCAUGUCACAGAUGUCAGCCGGACAACAAGCAUCUGGUGGCCAACAACAACAGACAACUACCACUCAGCAAAGAACUGCGCCUCAUGGAAUGCCUCGACGACAACCCCCAACUCCCGGAGAUCAAGUUCAACCACCCCCUUCUGGUGCUCAAACAAAUACGACCAACCAGAUGAGUCAACAUUACAGCCAGCUGCCACAACAACAACAACAACAUUAUCAACAACAACAACAACAGCAGUCCAGUCGAACUGGAGCAUCGCCCAGAAAUAGAGUGCACUACUUGUAGAUAUCUGCAACUGACAGACGGAUGCUUCAGAAAUAAAAGAGCUUUAGAAAAAAAAUUUAGAAACUCUUUUAGGUUAUAUAGUAUCGAGAAAACAUUUUUGAGGAUUCAAAUCUUCCGGUUUCGAUGCCAAUGUAAUUGUUUCCGGUCACCAUUAUUGAACAAAAAUUUAUUUCAAACGGUCCAUGAUUUAAUUGAA